AUGAGCGCCACCGACACCGUGACCACAUUAGAAAACGCGUCUCUACUAGGUAUAAUGGCCACGGGUUUGUUGCUAGGACUCAUCCACGUUUUGACUGGACCCGAUCAUCUUAGCGCACUGAUCGUGUUAAGUGCUGGUUCAUCGUGGCAUUCAUGCGAGUUAGGUAUGCGCUGGGGUUGCGGCCAUUCAACAGGACUUAUCGUCGUUACUGUGGGCUUUCUGGCUCUUAACCAGCGGUUAGAUGUAGGAACUUUUGGUAAUUACUGUGACUUUAUGGUCGGUUUUCUGAUGAUGGCACUUGGACUAUGGAGUCUACGCUACUACUUAUUACUGCGUCACAAGCUGCAAGUUAAGCACUUCAUGGCGAAUGAGACAACACCUCUGCAUCUUGAGGCAGAGCUGCAGCAGUUAAAGGGAAACUCUUCAGACAGCGACACAGAAGUGCAAAAGAUUUUGUACGCCCAUUUAUUGGACCAUCAUGGUGCAUCAUUGGCUACCGAUCCACAGCACCCAAGCAAUAAAUUAUGCUGCUUUGGCCUGGUUGAAGCUGAUAUCAAAAAUGCGCGUACACAACAGCUCACGGCUUUCGUGUACGGGACAGCACACGGUCUGGCGGGUACGGGUGGUAUCCUGGGCGUACUUCCUGCUGUGUUUCUCAAUGAUUGGGCCAGAUCAUCUGUCUAUCUUGGCGCGUUCUGCGUGUCCUCCAUCUUUACAAUGGGAGGCUUUGCAGCACUUUACGGAGAAGUCACAGGCCGUAUGAGCCGCUUUUCAGACUCAUCGCUUGUGCGUAUUGGUAUCUUUUCAUCUUGUGUGUCGCUCUGCGUUGGUAUCAUGUGGGUCAUCCUCGUCUCUACGGGCACAUUAGACAAAGUAUUUGGAUAA